AUGGGUGAGGCAACAAGUGAUAUUCUACGUCAAAGGAUGCUUUGUUCAACUAGUGAUUAUUGUAAUUGUCGAGUAACUCGAUCGAAAAAUUUAAUGGAAUUUGUUGAGAUCCAUCCAGCAAACGAAAAACAAUCGAAACCAUCUCCUCGAAGCGGACAUCGCGCUGUUGCUACGGAUUCCGAUUUAUGGAUAUGGGGUGGGUAUUUUCCUCGUGCUCCACAAGAUCUGCCGCAAGCAGAAUCGUCUAUGUUUCGAGAGUUAUGGAGGUUUAAUUUUGCAUUAAAACGAUGGACUUGCGAAAAAACAACAGGCGAUGGUCCUACACUGACAUUAGCCUCACAUGCCGUCUGUCUGUAUCAGCAACAUUUGAUGUUUGUAUUCGGAGGCACAGGAUUUCCAUUUGGAGAAGAUGUUAGCAACGAUUUGUAUAUACUUGAUUUAAAUGUAUUAAAAUGGUCGAAAAUUAAAUUAUCCGAUCAACCACCAGAGCAAGUGUAUGGAUCAAGUAUGCUGAUUAAAAACGAGUAUUUGUAUAUUCUCUGCGGAACAAAUAGUGUUAGAUAUAACACGGAUGUUUACGAAAUACAUUUACCAACAAUGAAAAGUAAAAAGAUUGGCACUACAUUUGACGAAAUAGAAGAUCCAGUUGAUGCAGGAAGGUAUCGUCAAGAAGCAGUAUUAUAUGAAAAUAAAAUAUUAUUAUUUGGAGGCGGCGGUGUAAGUGGCAUCUCAUUUUCGUUAAAAAUCAUCCCUGAAUUCGAUCUCAUGACACAUAAAUGGUCACUCCGUCGAACAACACCGGAUCCUAUUCAUAAUUAUCCUGUUGAUAGAAAAUUUCACAGUGUAUUUAAAAUCAGUAACACACGUGUGCUAUUAUUUGGUGGUGCACAUUUUGAUCUAGACAGGAGUCGGCAUACUCUAGUAGAAAAAAAUCUAUGGUCAUUUGAUUUAGAUAGAUAUGAAUGGUCCAAGUUAGAAUUACAAAUGAUCAUACCAACAUAUUUUCACGCAGCUGCUAUGAAUCGACGUGGUGAAAUUUGGUUACAAGGUGGUGUGUUGUUAACCGAUGAUGAUCACACUGGUGAGGAAUUAACCAGAGAAAAACGUAUUACAAAUUUAUUUAUGUGCCAUGCUCAACCAUUACGUUUGCAAGAAAUAGCGUGGACAAACUUUUUAUCAAAAAUUAAUGAUGAAAGUCUUUUAACCAAACCGAAUGUUUUAUCAAGUUUAAUGAUACCCAAGAAUUUUAUAGAGAGAAUUCAUUGA